GGACUGGCUGUCGGUGGCUUGUGUGUGUGCUCGUGUGUGUGUGUAUGUGUGUGUUUGUGUGUGAGAGAGAGCGAGGCAGAGCGCGCGCACUGGGGCUGGCGCAUGCAGGCAGUGUCCGGGUACAGAUCGAGUUGAAGGAGGGGAGGCAUCCGAGCAGACACCGACGGCGGCAGCAUGGCUUCGUCUCACGGGAGAGUGGACCAGCGCUUCGUGGACUGGAUGGCAAGUUUACCGGCGAGCAUGCACACCAUCCCGCUCACCAACCUGGCUAUACCUGGUUCCCAUGACUCCUUCAGUUUCUACAUCGAUGAGGCUUCUCCGGUCGGCCCCGAGCAGCCGGAGACAGUGCAGAACUUCGUCUCCGUGUUUGGGACCGUCGCCAAGAAGCUAAUGAGGAAGUGGUUAGCGACGCAGACCAUGAACUUCACCAGCCAAUUAGAAUCCGGCAUUCGCUUCUUUGACCUGCGCAUCUCCACCAAACCCCGCGACCCCGACAACGAGCUGUACUUCGCCCACGGACUCUUCAGCGCCACAGUGAGAGAAGGCUUGGAGCAGAUCAGUAGCUUCUUGUCGGCUCACGCUCGAGAGGUGGUGUUUCUGGACUUCAACCACUUCUACGGCGUUCAGAACCACCACCAUGAGAAGCUGGUGGCCAUGCUGAAGGAGGUGUUUGGAGACAAGCUGUGCCCCGUCGUCUUCGCCCAAGAGGUGACCCUGCAGUACCUGUGGGAGAAGGAGUACCAGGUCCUCGUGUUCUACCACCACCCCAUGGCUCUGGAGGUGCCGUUCCUGUGGCCGGGGCAGAUGAUGCCGUCUCCCUGGGCCAACACCACUGACCCGGAGAAGCUGGUGCAGUUCCUCCAGGCCUCGCUCACGGGACGCAGAAAGAAGGGGUCGUUCUUUGUGUCUCAGGUGGUCCUCACUCCAAAGGCCAGCACAGUGAUGAAGGGCGUGGCCAGCGGGCUCCGGGAGACCAUCACAGAGAGGGCCUUACCAGGGAUGAUGCAGUGGAUCCGGUCACAGCGUCCAGGCGAGAGCGGCAUAAACAUCAUCACUGCCGACUUUGUGGAGCUUGGCGAGUUCAUCAGUGCCGUCAUCACCCUCAACUACCACCUGGACGAGGAGGACGAGGACGCCACCUGAGGGCGGGCUCCGAGGGGGGGCGCACCGGGGCUGUUACUGCCGCGAUGGCGUCUGGGGGCGGGUCUCUCGCUCUUUUCUCGUUGGCAUUUCUUUAUAACAGGGGCGCUAACAGGGCUUCUCUCUAUUUAUUUAGGGCUAUUGAGCAAAGCGUUGGCACUUGAGGAGGUUUGAAAUGCAAGGUUUGGCAGAUUAUGAAGAGAAUGAGGUUUUGGAUCCAAAUAUAAUUCCAUUUUGUUUACUUUGUGUGUUGUAAAAAUAUCCGCUUUUUUGAGUAGUGGGUCACACUCCAUGACUGCCUCAGAGCGUCUUAGCUAUGUGCUAAAUGUGUUCUGUUCUGAGCUCAGUACUGCUUGAUAUUAUGUGACCGUGUUUUCUAUCCAAAGUUGUUUUGUAACUUGAACCAUUCUAAGUGUUUGUAUGUUGUUGUGUUAGUUUCAGUACAAAAAGUCAGAUUUUUCAACCCUCUUUCAUCACUGACCACAUCAUGAAGUGAUAGUGAACAGUUGAGGUUUCUUCUUGGGCCAGUAAGUCCCUGUCCAUUUUUUUAUAUAUAUAUAUUUUGAGUUCUUCUUCCUGUAAUGCACUUGUCACCUUGUUCCCCAAUAACACAAACAUAACACAAACAUAUGUCAGCCAUCUUAAGGCAUAUAGGAGGAUUAUACUGUAGAUAGAACAGCACAUUGUGAAUCUCACAGUAGUUUUAAGUGUUCAAAUGAGGCUCUUGUCCAAACAGAGUCAUAAUUAGGUAAUGAUGGGCCGUGUGAUCCAUUGUACUGUUGAAGUACCACACCAAACACAUGAGAAAUUUUGAUGUUAUGCAACUCAUUGUAUGUGGUACCAAUGUUAUAAUAAAAUGUAUCUUGGUUUCAUU